AUGUCUCCGGUCAAAUUCUUGUUCACGUUCCUCUGCGUAUCAGUCAGUAUAUGGCUCAUAUUACUAUUUACUGCCAGGUUAGUUUCUUCGAUUUUGAGCCGGGUCCUGAAAGCAUCUGUGCGAUUUAGAAUUAGUGGAUGGAGAUGUUUGAGGGAUGUUAGGAUCAAGUUUGAAAAGGGCGUUGUUGAAUCCGUUUCGGUUGGUGAAAUCAAACUUAGCUUACGGAAAUCCUUGGUUAAACUGGGGGUUGCUUUUAUUUCUAGGGACCCAAAACUGCUGUUCGUGAUAAGCGAAAUAGAAGUUGUUACAAGGACUGCAGAAAAAACCUCAAAGACAACGAAAUCACGCAGACCAAAGACUUCUUCUGGAAGCAGCAAACCAGGAAAAAAGUUGAUGGUUAUUGCUAACGUGGCAAGAUUCUUUUCUCUUUCUGUGAGAGACUUGGUUGUGAAGACACCGAAAGCUUCUCUAGAGAUUAAAGAUCUUGUACUCGAUUUGUCUAAAGAUCCAGGUUCCAAGCCCUCCGUGUAUCUAAAGUUGCAAAUGUUGCCUAUUGUUAUCCAUCUGGGUGAUAAUAUAUCUUACUCCAAGGGCAGUGAAAGCUUAUGUGCAGGGAACGGAUCCACGAUACACAAAUCAUCUGCUAAUUUUAUUUGUGAAGAAUUUGGUCUCUUCUUUGAGGUUGGCCCUCACAGAGAAAUGGGAGUCUCUAUUAAAAACAUCGAUAUAUCUUUGGGAGAAAUUAGUGUAGACCUAAAUGAGGAUCUGAUUUCGAAAAAGAAGAAGUCAUUAGACUCUUACGAUGAUGAACCUGUACAAUCUACCACUACCACUACUGACUCUGAAAAGAAGCAACAAAAGAAACAAGCAACAUUUGUGACCAUCACAAAGUACACUUAUUUGUUCCCCGAGAAGGUUUCCAUCACUUUGCCAAAGUUAGAUGUGAAGUUUGUACAUAAAGAGCAUCAUAUUGUAAUGGAGAAUAACAUCACGGCUGUCCAGUUUAAGAGCAUAAAAUCUCAAUCUGUUGAGAAUGUUGGAGAAAGCACAUGUCUUGAUCUUCAAUUAGAAUUCAGUGAGAUUCAUAUUCUUAAAGAAGGUGGAAGAUCUGUUCUUAAUUUAUUCAAGCUUGCUGUUGUUUCGUUUGUUUAUAUUCGGUCACCGCCAACAUCACCUAUCAAAUUAGAAAUUGAUGUUAAGUUGGGAGGCACACAGUGCAACAUAAUUAUGGCAAGAUUAAAGCCAUUGAUGCUACUGCGGCCCCCAAAGAAGAAAAAGGCAGGGCCAAAAGAUGAAAGUGCCAAUCCAGUAAAGGUCCAGUCAAGUGAUGAAUCUAAAGUCAUUAUAUGGACAUGCACAUUCUCAGCCCUAGAAACAACCAUCGCACUUUUUAAUUUGGAAGGAUUGCCAGUCUAUCAUGGUUGCUUGCAAUCUCCGCGUGUGUUUGCCAACAACACAUCUAGUACAGGCACUAUAGUUCAUUUUGAACUCGAUGAUUUGAAUCUGCAAAUGGCCAACGAAUAUCAAGAAUCUUUGAAAGCAAGCUUUUUAAUCGUGGAAACAAACACGAUUUCAGUGUUGCAUAUCGCAAAAAUUGUCCUGGAUUUCGGAAAAAAGGCAAUAGAUUCAGUUUCUCAAGAUGGGUCCAACUUAAAAUCAGUCCUCUCAGUUGACAUAACUGGUAUCGGUAUGUGCUUGACAUUCAACAGUGUCCAAUCCUUAUUAUCUACCGCUUUAAUGUUCAAGGCAUUACUGAAAAGCCCAUCUCCAACUGUUAACACAUCAUCUUCUACGCAAAGUGAGGCACCUCGUCCAAACAAGUCAUCAGGGAAAGGGAUCCAAUUAGUAAAAUUUAACCUCGAAAGGUGUUCGGUGAAUCUCUGCAGUGAUGUAAGCUUGGAUAACGAGAUUGUUGAUGAUCCAAAACGUGUGAAUUAUGGAUCACAAGGUGGCCGUGUUCUUAUUAGUGUUUUACCUGAUGGGACUCCUCGUACUGCAAAAGUAGCAUCAACAGCUUCCGAUGAUUGCAAAACGGUAAAAUAUUCGAUCGGACUCGAGAUUAUCCAUCUGGGCUUGUCUAUAAACAAGGAGAAACAGUCGACUCAGGUGGACAUCGAAAGAAUAAGAUCAGCAUAUCGGGAAAUUAUGGAAGAUGACAGUUUCGGCACUAAAGUGUCAUUGUUUGACAUGCAGAAAGCAAAGUUUGUUAGGAGGGCAGGUGGUCUUAAAGAGGUAUCCGUUUGUUCUCUUUUCAGUGCCACUACCAUCACCGCCAGGUGGGAGCCCGAUGUUCAAUUAGCAUUAACUGAACUCGGGCUACGGUUAAAGCUACUUGUUCACAAUCAUAAGCAACAAGAACAAGAACAAGACCUCGCCAAGGAUAAAUGUAGCAGUAGUAGUAUAGAUAAUGAAAUUAAGAAAGAAGAGUCGGUAAAGAAAAAAGAAUCUCUUUUUGCGAUUGAUGUGGAGAUGCUUACGGUGACUGCUGAAGCUGGAGAUGGUGUAGAGACGAUGAUUCAGGUUCAAUCAAUUUUUUCUGAAAAUGCACGCAUAGGUGUACUUCUUGAGGGACUAAUGUUGAGUUUUAAUGCAACAAGAGUGUUCAAAAGUGGUAGGAUGCAACUUUCCCGCAUUCCUAAUGCCUCUGAUCCGGCUGUUAAGUGGGAUUAUGUGAUUCAAGGCCUUGAUAUGCAUAUUUGCUUGCCAUUUAGACUGCAGUUACGUGCUCUCGAUGAUUCAUUUGAGGAAAUGUUGCGAGCUUUAAAGCUUGUAGCUGCUGCUAAAGAGAAAAUAAUAUUUCCGUUUAAGAAAAAAGAGAGCGAGAGUGGGAAACCGAAAAAACCCAGCUCUUCAAAACUUGGUCGUGUGAAGUUGUAUAUACGUAAGUUAACUGCUGAAAUUGAGGAGGAACCGUUACAGGGUUGGCUUGAUGAACACUAUCACUUAAGGAAAAAUGAUGCCCGUGAAAUGGCUGUUCGAUUAAACUUUCUGGAUGAUCUUCUUUACAAAACUACCGAAUCUCCAGCUCAUGUUCCUGUUGGUGAUUCUGAUGAUGAUGGCCAAGACAAGACCACAUCCACAUCCACAUCCACAUGCAUGCAUGAUGCAUCGUCUCUUGAAAAAAUGAGAGAGGAACUCUAUAAGAACUCAUUUCGAUCUUAUUAUGAAGCAUGUCAGGCCCUUGUGAUAUCACACGGAUCGGGUGCCUGCCAGGAAGGAUUUGAGUCAGGGUUCAAGUUUAGCACAUCAAGAACCUCUCUUUUCUCUGUUAUUGGCACAGCACUUGACAUAACCUUGACAGAAAUUGAAGGUGGUGAGGAAGGGAUGAUACAACUUGUACAGAAGCUUGAUCCGGUUGCUCGAGAAUCUAACAUUCCAUUUGCUCGUGUUUACGGUUGUAACCUUAAUCUGCAGGCGGGUUCACUUGUGGCUCAGCUAAGAGACUAUACAUAUCCUCUUCUUGCUGCAACUUCUGGUAAAUGUGAAGGUCGCCUUGUGCUAGCUCAACAGGCUACACCUUUCCAGCCCCAAACUCUUCACCAAGUGUAUAUUGGAAAAUGGAGGAAGGUGGAAAUGUAUCGUUCGGUUGGUGGUACAACUCCACCAAUGAAAACAUUUUUAGAUUUGGCGUUGCAUUUUCAGAAAGGAGAAGUUUCAUUUGGAGUGGGGUUUGAACCAGUUUUAGCCGAUUUGAGCUAUGCAUUCACUGUGGCUUUACGCAGGGCCAAGUUAAGUGUUAGGGACCCAAAUCCCUUUGUUGUCCCUCCAAAGAAAGAGAAAAGCUUGCCAUGGUGGGAUGAAAUGAGAAACUACAUCCAUGGAAAAACCACCUUAUCUUUCUCCGAGAUGUUAUUUAACAUCCUUGGCACAGCCGAUCCUUAUGAAAAAUCUGAAAAACUCCAAAUGUCUUUUGGGCAUAUCGAAAUCCAGCAAUCCGAUGGCAGGAUUUACAUAUCUGCAAGGGAGUUGAAGAUUUUUACAAGCAGUUUGGAGAGUUUGCUGAAAAACUCAACCAUCAAACCUCCAGCUGGCGCCCAGGGUCCUUUCUUCAUAGCCCCAACUCUCAUUCUUGAAGUUGCCAUGGAUUGGGGGUGUGACUCUGGCACCCCUCUUAACCAUUUUUUGUUUGCACUCCCAUCUGAAGGUGAAGCCCGUGAGUAUAUAUUUGAUCCUUUCCGAUCCACUUCCCUCUCCAUGCGGGUUAAUUUGGCUCUCAGACCUCAGAAUCAGUCACAGUCCAAAGAUACUUCAUUUGAUUCGCCUACUAUAAGUCUUGCCCCUCAUGAUAUUUCUUGGCUACUAAAGUUUGGGAAUUUGAAUUACCUCCCUCCUGUAAAACUGCGUUUUUUCUCUCGUUACCCCCGGUUUGGUGUCCCAAGAGUUGCUAGAUCUGGAAACUUGGCAUUAGAUAAAGUCAUAACAGAAAUUAUGUUUCGGGUUGAUUCAACUCCAACCCGCAUACGCCAUAUGUCUUUAGAUGAAAGUGAUAUAGCAAAAGGAUUGACUUUUAAGAUGUCAAAGCUAAAAUCCGAAGUGUAUCUAGGCCGUGGAAAGCAAAAGUUCAGUUUUGAUAGCAUGCGUGAUCUUCUUGAUGUUGUUUACCUGGGUGUUGAUCUUCAUAUGCCUAGGGUGUUUCUGGAUAGGGAAGAUCCCACAAGUGUUAUCAACGUUACAGCAGCAUCCAAGAAUACCUCACAAGAAAAGGUUGUAAAUGAUAAUUCCGGUGGGUUUUUAUUGUCAUCUGAUUAUUUUAUCAUCAGAAAGCAAUCCCCCAAGGCAGACUGUUCACGAUUAUUGGCAUGGCAAGAAUCUUGCAAAAAAAGUAUAGAGAUGAAAUUUGGGGCAUCCAUAUGUCGACGUGGAAGUGAUAGUGAUGAUCAAGAAAGGUCCGACCCAAGUGAUGAUGAUGGAUAUAAUGUUGUGAUAUCUGAUAAUUGUCAGCGGGUUUUUGUGUAUGGCCUUAAGAUCCUUUUGGCAAUUGAGAACCGAAAUGCUAUUUUGUCGUGGGCUGCUGAGUUAGGUAAAGCACUCGCACCUCCAAAACCUUCUCCUUCUCGUUUGUAUGCCCGGAGGAAGCUGCUAGAGGAUCAAAAUAAAAGUCUCCCGCUUCAAGAAGAUGUCUCCAACACCACCGCUUCUACUGAUCAAACUGAAACUGCUUCGCCCAAAUCAAAGGAACCUUUAAAAUCAGAUCACUCUCCAUCACCUUCAAAUAACAUACAACAUCAAACAUUUGAUGAUAUCGCAAAACAUGUCAAUGUAGAUGGCCCUCAGGAGGAUGAGGAGGGCACUUGUAAUUUCAUGGUAAAUGUUAUUGAGCCCCAAUUCAAUCUUCACUCAGAAGAUUUCAAUGGUAGAUUUUUGGUGGCUGCUUCUAGUGGGAGAGUUUUAGGUCGGUCAUUUCAUAAAGUUGUAAAUGUUGUAUUAGAGGCGAUUGAAGAAGAUGGUAAUGGUGAUGGAGGAUGUGCUCCUGAACUGAUAUGGAACUGGUCAGAGCUGUCUGUGAUGUUGGAACACGUGCAAGCUCAUGUUGCUCCUACUGAUGUGGAUCCAGGGGCUGGAGUCCAAUGGCUACCAAAGAUCAGGAAGAGCUCCCCAAAAGUAAAGCGUACUGGGGCUUUACUUGAACAGGUCUUCACCCCCUGUGAUAUGUACUUCCGCUUCACAACACACAAUGGUGGAACAGCAGAUUUAAAGGUGAAACCUUUAAAAGAACUCGCCUUCAAUUCUGAUAAUAUGACAGCAACCAUGACAUCUCGCCAGUUUCAUGUUAUUCUUGAUGUUCUCAACAAUGUACUCUUGGCCAGACCACCAAAGCCUCAGAAAAGUAGCAUUCCUAAAUCAGCAGAAGAUGAUGAAGAGAUGGAGGAGGAAGCUUAUGAGGUGGUGCCUGCUGGUGUUGAAGAGGUAGAACUAGAAAGAGUCAAACUUGAACAGAAAGAACGGAUACAAAACUUGCUUUAUGAGGAUAUAAGGAACCUUUCUCUUCCAUCUGAUACCGUUGUAGAUGUGCCCUCAGAAAAGGAAGGGGAUAUACUCGUCGUAACCACCACCAGACCCAUAUUGGUGCAAAUGCUUAGGAAAGAGGUCAUUAAUGCACAAAAAUCCAGAAAGGCUGUGGCUGCUUCUUUGAGGGUGAUUUUGCAGAAAGCUGCAGAGCAACAGCUAAUGGAGAAAGAGAAAGAGAAGAAUAAAGGCCCGUCAUGUGCCAUGCACGUAUCUUUUCAGUUGAAGAAAGUUGCAUGGAGCAUGCUCCUCGAUGGAAAAUCUAUUUCAGAGAUCGAGAUAAAUGACAUGAUAUACGAUUUUGACAGAGAUUAUAAAGAUAUUGGUGUUGCUAGAUUCACAAUAAAGUGUUGCGUUGUGAAAAACUGUUUGCCUAAUGCUAAAUCAGAUACACUUCUGGCCGCAUGGAAUCCUCCUUCCGAAUGGGGAAAUGCAUUCAGUUCACUGUUGAUGACCUUGAGGCUUGAGCAUGCAAACGCUUUCAUUUCAUUUUUCUUGUUAUGCCACCUUCUUUCCUUGUUGUCUUGA